AUGUCAGCGUCGUCGACAACGUCGACGACCGAUGAUAAUCGAUCAGAACACGAGGAAUUGAUGUUUUCAAAAAAUUCAGUAGGAGCAUCAGCGAAGACGCCGAUGUUGAUGACAACUUCGAGAAGUGAUUAUGGCGUUUCGGAAUAUUCAACAACUUCAGGAUUGAAUGGAAAUGCACACAGGACGCUGGGAGCCAUGGUUUCAACAAGCACAAUUUCGACAUUGGAUAGGGUAGGGAUUUGCCACGUCAUAACUCAGGAAUCCUACCUUCGAGCGCGUGCGGUUUGCAACGCGGAUUAUGUAGAAUCCAAUAACUAUUGUCUAGUUUGAUGAAUUGAUCAAUUGAUCGACCAAAUGUUUAUAGUUUGAACCUAAAAUAGCACUUAACACGGGAAGCUUAAACUAAAUCUCUAGUCUUAAAUCUACAUAUAAAACACUAGAGAUUUAGUCUAAGUGCUAUUUUAGGUUCAAACUAUAAACAUUUGGUCGAUCAGUUGUUCAAUACAUCAGACUAGACAAUAGUUGUUAGAUUCUACAUAAACCGCGUUGCAAACCGCACGCGCUCGAAGGUAGGAUUUCUGACUGUAUUUCGAGUUACGCAAUGUUUUGCCACGGCACAACUCAUUGUUCCAGAGCGCUUAUCAAUCUCUGCCACUUAGCGGAACUCGACGAAUCACUGUGCAAUUUGGAGACAUUAAAAUUGUUGUGCCCUGGAAAGAAUCGGUAAGUGUUUGGCCCGCUUAGCCUAGUUUUCGGCCCCCAAUUUUAAAACGCCUUUUUUGCAGGCUAGCGCAACAGUUGGCGAUUUGGCGAAUGCCGCAUUAUUACGUUAUAAACGAGCGUGUGGAAAUGUGAGUUGGCUUUUUGCUUUUUUUCCGGCAAAAUUUGGUGGAUCUUCGUAUGGUGGAGGAAAAUAGUGUGGAUUUUGGAGAUACUUGGAGAAAAACACUCUAGAAAAUUGAAUGAGAAAUUUGAAAAUUGCCUGCAAUUUUAUGUUUUUAAAACAUGGAAAUGUUGUGUUUUUAUUGGAAUCUCUGAGAUUUUUGAGAUAAAAUUGGGGAAAAAUUUAGGCUCCGCUUUGAUUUUUGUUUUCGCAAUUUAGGGCACAGUUUCUGUACAAAAAUCCCUGAUUUCUCUGAAUUUUACGAAAAAACUGUGCCCUAAAUUGCAAGAAAAAUAUGCAGAGCUUAAUUUUCAAACAUUUUUUUUCAAAAAAUUGGGAAUUCUAUGUUUUCUGUAUUUUAGGGUAAAAAAUGAGCACUUUAGCUCAUUUUUAAUUUCCUAGCCUUUUUUAACCAAAAAUUGAGCUAGAAUCAUGUAUUUUUGGUCAAAAAUAAGCCCUGGAGGUGAUUUUUUGGGUCCAUAAGCUUAUUUAUCUGAAAAUGAUGUAAAUUGCCCUGAAAUUCUGAUUUUUUGGUCAAAAAUAGUCUUGUAAGCUUUCCCCAAAGCUCUCAAUCACCCUAAUAAUUUAUAAAAAUCUGCCAAAAAUUGUAAUAUCUCCAUCUCUUAUCUGACAAAUUAAUUAUCAUCAUCAAAAUUGAUGAAUGAAUUGGAGAAAGUUCCAAAUCUGUUUUUUUUUUUGUUUUGUAUAGUUAGAAGAUAUAGAAGAAGAAAAAAGAGAUGAUAAUAGUAUAUUAUUUGCCAAAAAAUGUUGUGUUUGUCAAUAAAAAAUCUGCGCACCUUUUCUUCUUUUUUUUGAAGAAAAAGAAAAAUGAUGAUGUUCGUUAUUUGCCAUUUUGUAUAUUAUAUAGAUUAUUUGCUUGGAAAAUGCGCAUUUUUGGCUUGAAAAUGAUGAAAAUUCUAGAUUUUUUGGUUAAAAAUGAGCUCUGGAGCUGAUUUUUAAUGAAAAUUGACUUGAAUUUCGUUCUUUAGGUCAAAAAUUAGCCCUGGAGCUCUAUUUUUUAUAAAAAUUGACCUAAAUUCCAGAUUUUCUAGUAAAAAAUGAGCCCUGGAGCUGAUUUUUAAUGAAAGUUGACCUAAAUUUGGAUUUUUUUGGUAAAAAGUGAGGCCUGGAACUGAUUUUUGAUGAAAAUCACCCUAAAUUCGGAUUUUUAUAUAAAAAAUGAGCCGUGGAACUCUAUUUUCAGCUCCAGAAGCUCUCAAAAAAUUUUCUUCCUUUAAUUUUUGGCGCCGUUUUGGUCCCCGUUUUUUUUAAUCAAAAACAAAUAGAUGAUUCAUUUUUUGCCCCUUUUUUGUGAUUAUUUUCAUUUUUUAUUAUCAAAAAUCAAUAAUUUUUCAUAUUAUCAUGAGGUGUUAUGCUAAUUUUUAUGUUUAAUUCGAUUUUCGAAUGUUUGGGAAUAGUUUUGACACGAAUUUUGUAGAAAUUUGCCACGUCAUAGACUGGAAAUUUUGCUGAAAAUCAAGAUUCUGAAGAAAUUCGAAGUUUUUGGUUCCCCCAAUUUUUCACUGUUUCAAAAAAUUAAUAUUAGAAAUUUUUGUCAAUUUCAAAUUUGAUUAUAAUAUACCCCAAUCGAGCCUCAAUUGACAUCAACUUUAUAGAAAAAGCUGAAAAUUGAUUUCAGAAACUUGAUUUUCAGACUUAUUUUUCCCUUGUCUGAAAUUUCCAUCAGAUUUUUUUCGCGCAAAAUUUUGAAAUUCGCCACGUCAUUGACUAUUUCGAAAUUUUUGAACAUUUUUGGAAUUCCUUUUAUUUUCUUCCGGAAAAUUUUAGGUCUGGCUAGAAAAUUUCAAAAAAAAAAAAGGAUUUUGAGGAGCAUUGCUCAUAUUAUUUUUCUUUGACGAUUUUCGCUGAAAAUUAUAGCUUUAAAUCUAUAAAAAUUGAAUUUUUCCGAAUUUGUAGAGAAAAUAGGAUUGCUCAUAUUAUAAAUUUUCUUGAAAUUUUAAAAAUUUGAACAAAGUUAUGUCCAGAACCUUUGUUUUCAGUCCCAAAUUCAAAUUUUGGCCGCCAAAAAUCGUUUUGCAAAAAUAUUAUAAUGCAAAUUCCUCGCUCUUUUUCUCUAAACCUCUUCUCUCUCUCGCUUUUCUUCUUUUUUAUUCAAAAAAUACCUGCUCCCUCCUCUCUUUUCCCUCCAUUUUUUCUCUCAGGUGCGCAACGUUCCUUUUUUCUUUUUUUUGGUUAUUUGUAUGACCUGGGCAUGACCGUGGAGAGAAAACGGAGAAAAUGAGAGACGCAGAGAAAAAGAGAGACAGAGACAAAUAUGUAUUAGUAUUAUUUGUAUGUACAGACAGGCGACUGUCUUUUUUUCUUGGUUUUGGGAGGAAUUUAGGCUAACUUGGGGUUGAAAAUUGGGGUUUUCACCUGAAAAUUGUGAUUUUUUCGUAUUUUUCGCUCUCGAAAUCAUCUGAAAUUCGAUUUUCAGCCGCUCAAAAUAUCUAUUAAAUGUCUGAAAGACUCUAAAAUCUAAAGUGUCAUGAAGUCCGAUCCUCCACCAUAUUAUUCACAUCAUUUACGAGAUCCACCAAUGCCACAAAAUAAUAUCACGGUAUGUUAUUUUAUAUAGCCUAAAUUGCAGAAUUCGGUCAAAAUUGUACGAUUUGAAUGCGCUUCGGAUGGUGGAAUUCUGGAUUGGGAUGAUGUUUUGGAGGAUGUUUUUGAUUUGGCUUUUGAUCAGGUGGAGAUGGAAAUUUCAGAAAAUUUCACAUAGAAGCUGUUUUCCUGGCUGAAAAUCCAACCUGAAAUUGAUUUUUCUUGCAGAUUCUCGCGAUAACUGACGAUUCAACCCCUCAACAUCAUUAUGCUCAACCAUUUCCGGUGAAUCGACGAGAUUUGAUACCGGUUGCAAGUGCUUAUGGUGAGUGUGGUUUUUGGGAGGGAAAUUGAGGAGAAUUGUCUGAAAGUGAUGAUUUGUGAGCUAAAAAUGCUCAAGAAACUGUUGAAAAUUGAAAUUUUCACCUGAACAUUGUGAUUCUGAACCCUAAAAUCUUGAUUUUUAGCUAAAAAUGCUCCAGAAACUGUUGUAAUUGAACAUUUUCCAUGUGAAAAUUGUGAAUUUGGAGCUGAAAAUGCUCUAGAAAAUAUAAAAAAAGUAACAAAAUUUUGAUCCUGAAAAUUUCACUGUUUCAAAAAAUAUUUAUAAUCAAUUUUUUAUCCUCAAAAUUCAGUACGCAGAUUGAUUUUCUCAAGAAUAAUUUUUGUCAAAAAUCCAAAAAAAAAGUUGUUUUUGCUAAUCGCUGAGUUCCUGAUCUCGAAAAAAUUCAAAAUUUUACUGUUUCAAAAUUUUUGUAUAGUGAAAUUUUGAUUUUUGUGAGAUUCCUUCCAAAAUUCGAGUUCUUGACCUGAAAUUAAUAAAGAAUUGCAAAGUUUAACCAAAAAUUCAGUUUUCUGAAUUUUUUCGCUAAAUUUUGAAUGAAAACCUUGAUUUCCAUCAAAAUUCAGCUAAAAUUCUCACAUUUUCUAAAGAAUUUUUAUCAGGAAAUCGAAUCCACGUGGAUUUUCUGGUCGAAAUCUGAAAUUGAGAAUCAAAAUUUUCUAGAAAAAAAUUUCACUGUUUCAAAAAUUUUGAAAACUUGAACUUUUAUUUGAAAAAUUGAUAUAUUUCAAGAAAGUAGUAUACCUUGACGAAAUCAAAAAACAAAAAAAGUAUAUUUAAUUUUAAAAAAAUUAAUUAAAAUUUUACUGUUUCAAAAUUUUUUUAUCUGGAAUUUUGAUUUUUGUGAAACUCAAUAAGCGCAAACCAAUUCGACGAAAACCAAAAAAAAAUUGUUUCAAAUUUUUACUGUUUCAAAAAUGUUUAAUAUUGAAAACUGUCUUGGUUGUGAUAUUCUUCCACCUAUUAUUUCUUCAAAAUAAUCCACAAAAUAAUUUUCAGGAAGUGUAUCAGUUCAAAAUCCAAUUUCCUACACCUCAACCUCAAAUUCAACAUCUGCUUCUUCUUCCUCCCACAAAUCCCGUCGUGACUCAAUUAUCGAAGUGAAAAAUCUGGAAAGCCCAAUUUCACCGGGAUUACGAGUUCACAAAACUCCCACUGGAAUUCGAACGAAUAUGGAGGAUUUGCGGAUUUCGACGGAAAUGGAGCCGAUUUUGCGAAGUUCUUUGAGAAAUAAUCAGGAAAAUGUGAAGAAGAUGCAACAGGCUAGAGUUACGCUAAGUCCUGGUGAGUUCAGGAAGAAAAUUGUUGAAAUUUAAAAAUCCACGUGGAUUUUGGUUAGAAAAAGAGAAAAAAAGAAAAAAUUUUGAAUUUUUGGUGCUGAAAUUUGAAAUCCACGUGGAUUUUCAGUCAAAAAAUCAGAAAUUUGUGAAGAAUUGUCAAAUUUUAGCUCAAAUUUUAAGCUUCUGCCCUGAAAUUCAUGAAGAAUUCUAAAAAUUUGAGCUUCUGAGGUUUUUCAUAUGAAAAAUCGAUUUUCUGUCUCCAGAAAUUCGAAAUUUGAAUUUUUGACCUCAAAUUGUUGUUUUUCCCAGUGAUUUUUAUUAAAAAUUAGCUGAAAAUCAGAUUUUUCUGAAAAAUUUGAUCCGGAAAAUCGAUUGUUGGUCUCAAAUUGAAAUCCACGCGGAUUUUCUGGAAAAAAAAUCUGAAAUCUAUGAGAAUUUCAAAUUUUGACUGAGAAAAUCAUGAUUUUUGACAUUUUCUAACUCGAAAUUUCAAAUUUUUCACAUUUUCUAGCCCCAACCUCAUCCCAUUUUUUUCCAGAAGUCGAGAAAAAAUUGGCCGAGCGAGAAAAACCGCGAUACGAAAAGAACACAUCGGCGAAUCGACUUUUACGAAGUUCCGACAGAAAAUCACGAAUAAAUGAUGCAUUUUUGGAUUCAAGAGAUCGAUUAGUCGAAAAAAUGGGAGAAAAAGAGAAGGAGACCCAAAAAGGGCCGGUUUUAGAAGGUCCGAUGGCUGGAACUACAAUUGUCACAUUUUUACCGCCUGAAAAUGAUCAAGAUUCGGAAAUUGUCCCAGAAAUGGGUCUGGAAGUGAAUGCGGUUUAUGAUGAGGCUACCUCAACUCCAUCGACUUCUGCUAACUCGCAGAAUCAGAAAUUGACAGCGGUUCAGAUUAUGAAAAUUGAGAAGAAUGGAAGAAUUGGGAAGGAUGGAAGACUGAAAGUUGGUGAUAGUAUUGUUGAGAUUGAUGGAAGACCGGUUUAUCAGGUGAGGGAGUUUUUGGGUCUUGGGACGAUUUUCUGGGUGCUAUAGAGGCUGAAUUUGGAUUUUUUAUUAAAUUUGGGACUUUUUGAGCUAUAGAAUCCCAAAAUUAGCUCUCGGGGCCGAUUUUUUGGGCCCUGUAGAUCCUAAGUUCGGUUUUUUGUCAAAUGUUGAAUUUCUAGCGCCUUAGAAGCUGAGUUUUGGCUUCUAGACGUUUUUCUAGGUGCUGUUGUAGGUUCUAAUUUAUGACUUCGGUUGAAUUUAGGUCCCGGAACGAUUUUUUGAGCUGAACAAACACAUCAUUGUUAAAAUUCUCUAAAAUCCAUAGAUAAGCAUAUUUUGAAACAGUAAAUUUAGAAACAAUUAUCCAAUCGUUUUCGAAAAAUAGAUGGAUCAUUUGAAUUCUCUUGAAAUUUUAUAUGAAAAUUUGUUGAAACAGUGAAUUUUUAGGGAAUUUCGAAAAAUCCAGAAAUUUCUAAUUUUUCAAGUUGAAUCUGAAUUUUUUGAGCAAAAAUAUAGAAUUUCCUAAUAAAAUUAGAUUUUUGAGUAAUUUACCGUCAAAUCAUGGUUUGAGACGACUAUUUGAGCUAGAGAAACUGAAAAUUGAUCUCUUGAUCUUUUUUCCGUAGGAUUUUUAGAAACAGUGAGAUUCGCAUUGUUUGAUUUUUCCCAAACAUUUAUAUCACAAUUUUUCGAAACAGUGAUUUUUUUUUUAGAUUUUUCUGGUGAACUCUCAAUUCUUCACAAUUAUCAAUAUUUUGAAUUUGAAUUUUGGAUAAAAGGUUUUUGAAACAGUAAUGUUUUCUAAUAAAAACUCUCUAUCAUUUGAAUUUUCUUAAAAUUAAUUAUGAAAAUUUGAUGAAACAGUAAAUUUUUCAAUUUUUGUUUUGCACUGUAAAAUAUUGGUAUAAUUCAACAAGUCUGGAUUAUUUCACAUUUUUUCAUGAAAAUUUGUUGAAACAGUGACAUUUUUAUAAAAAAUUACCCAACAAUUUGAAGUUCUAAACAAAAAUUGAAAAUCCAUUUUACCCUCUGAUUCCCCUCACAUUUUAUCUUCCAGAUGUCAAUUCUAAGAGCUCGUGCUUAUAUCGCUGACCUGGCUGUCUCUACAAAACCAGUCACUUUGACCAUUCUGCGAUCAAUCGAAACAUUUAGCGAUGAGAAUAAUAUCGAUCAGAAACCGAUAUUUUCAGCUUUGCAAGCUGCAAAUACACAAUAUAUUGGACAGACGCAAAUUGUUGAACUGGUUAAGAGUGAGUUGUUUUUGGGGGGUAAAAAAUUGCAAAAAAUAAUUGUUUUUUAAAAAUUUACUUUGAAAUUUUCAAAAAAAAAUUCACUGUUUCAAGAAAUUUAUAUCAGAAAUUCGGUUUUUUCGGAAAUUUGAUUGGUUCAUCGAGUUAGUGAGAAAAUUUUGACAAAAAAUGAUUUCUAGUCCGUAAUUCACUUGAAGAAUCGAAUUUUAAUUGAAAUUGUAUGUUUUAGCUGAAAAACUUAAGCUCUAGUCUAAAAAUAGGAAAAUUCUGACUUUUUGAAAUUCUCAGAAAAUUCACUGUUCCAAGAAUUUUAUUGAAAAAAAUGUCAUUUUGAAAAUUGAUUUAUUUUCUAAUACUUCAAUAAGAAAAAAACAUGAUUUCUGGGUUGUUUAUUCAACAAAAAAAAUUUUCAAAAAUUUUCAACAGAGCAAUUUGCUAGCUCAAAAUUUAUGAUUUUCUCGAGUUUUUGAAAUUCUCAGAAAUUCACUGUUUCAGGAAUUUUUUAUUGAAAAUUGGGAAGAAUUUUUGUGCUCGCUUAUGAAACGCUUAUGCACAAAAACUGAUUCAAAAACCGUAAUUCACUUAAAAAAUUGUAUUUUUAGCUGAAAAUCUUGAGCUCAAAUCUAUAAAUAGGAAUUUUCUAGGCUUUUUGAAAUUCUCAGAAAAUUUAUGCAUCGUCCAAAGUGAAAAAAAAAAUGCGAAAAAUCAAAAAAAAAAACGUCCAAACUGACGCAUUUUUUUUCGCAGAAAUCGCAUUUUUUCGAGCACUUUUUUCGCGUUUUCUGGUGUUUUUCGAGCCAAAAUGGACAGAAAUUGAAAGAAUUUGUCUGAAAUGGUGUUUUUAUUGAUACUGGAGGAAAAAUCAGGGGUUAAACAUGAAAAAUGAGUUUGUCUAAAAAAUUUCGAAAAAGUCGAAAAAAUUUGAAAUUUUCAAAAUCGUUUUUUUCAUGUUUUACCAUUGAUUUUUCCUCCAGUAUCAAUAAAAACACCAUUUCAGACAAAUUCUUUCAAUUUCUGUCCAUUUUGGGUCGAAAAACACCAGAAAACGCGAAAAAAGUGCUCGAAAAAAUGCGAUUUCUGCGAAAAAAAUGCGUCAGUUUGGACGUUUUUUUUUUGAUUUUUCGCAUUUUUUUUCACUUUGGACGAUGCAUUACUGUUUCAAGAAUUUUAUUGAAAAAAAAUUGGGUUUUGGGAAGUUUGAUGGAGUUGUCGACUUGUGAACAUUUUGACGAAAAAAGUGAUUUCUAGUUCGUAAUUUAAUUGAAAACUCAAAUUUUAAUUGAAAAUUGUAUGUUUUAGCUAAAAAUUUCAGCUCAAAUCUAAAAUUGUAAUUUUCUAGGCUAUUUGAAAUUCUAAGAGAAUUUACUGUUUCAAGAAAAUCCUCCCCUUAUAAAAAACGAAAUCACUGAAAAUUUGGCGUCACAUUAAAUGUUUCCAUCAAUAAUGUGCAAACACCGCUUCGUUUUUUGAAAAAUCAACGCGCGUUGCGAGACACGGGAGAAAAAUUGUGUGCGCCUUUGAUGAGGGGUACGGUAGAAGUAUUUGUGAAAUUUUAUUUAUUUAUUUCUUUUUUUGAGGGUUUGAGCGCUGCAAUUUUUGGAACAUCUAACACGCUUAUUGUAACUCCAGGGGAUUUUUUCUUCAAAACGGGAACCCCACUCUAACUCUGACUUUGAGAAUAGAUCACAUCAAAAGUAUAACAGUUGGGAACCCUGAGAAUUCUCUCCAACUACACUUCACGAAGAGUAUACUAGUUAUAUUUAAAAUUGGGAAAAAUUGUUGUGUUUGCUGAUUUCUAGAACUAUCCAGUCAUAAAAUUCGAAUUCUAUUCAAAAAUCCUAUUUUUUUCGUCAAAAAUUCAAGCUCAAAUCUAAAAAUUGUAUUUUUGAAAUUCUUAGAAAAUUCACUGUUUCAAGAAUUUUAUAGAGAAAAAUUGGCUUUUCCGGAAAUUUGAUGGAAUGGUCGAUGUAGAUGGAAAAUUGAUAAAAUUUUUAAACAGUGCAUUUUUGAGUUUUUCAAAACCCCAAUUCAGCCGAAGCCAGUAAAUUUUUAUCCGAAUUUUAAUUGAAAAUUGUAGUUUUUGGUCCAAAACAGGCUCGAGUCUAAAAAUUGUAAUUUUCUAGGCUUUUGAAAUUCUCAGAAAUUCACUGUUUCAAGAAAUUGAUAUUGAAAAUUGGGUUUUUUGGAAAUUUGAUGAAAGCUCGUCUUGAUUCUGAAAAAAUUGAUUUUUUUCCAAAACUCUUCAAUUUUCCAGGCUCAAAUGGUUUUGGAUUUACCGUAACUGGCCGCGAAACAGCAAAAGGAGAACGACUUUUCUACAUCGGAACUGUGAAGCCUUAUGGAGUUGCUCUAGGACAUUUGAAAUCUGGUGAUCGAUUGCUGGAAAUCAAUGGAGAAUCGACAGGAAAUUUGAGCCAGUUGGAAAUUGUUGACCGGCUGAAACAGGCGAUGGUCGGAGAAAAAGUGAAGUUUUUGGUGUCGCGAGUUCCGGCGCCCAGUGAAAAUAAGGAGAAUGUGGAGAAUCCGGAAACGCCUGCGGAAAAUGUAAAAGCUGGCGAAGAAAUAGCCCCAGAAAUUCCGGAAAAUGAGCGAUUUGAGUUGAUCAUCCCAUUGAAUGACACUGGCUCGGCUGGAUUGGGAGUUAGCCUAAAAGCGAGGGUUUCGGUGAAAUCGGAUGGAGCAAGGAAUGAUUGUGGGAUUUUUAUUAAGAAUGUGAGUUGGUUUAGGGGGCAAAAUUCUUCAAAACCUAAGUUUUUUGGUGAAAUUUUGGUUUUAAAAUUAAAAUUUUCACAAGGUUUGACCUAAGAACCCAUUUUUGCUGGUUUUUACCCUAUUUAUCAUAAAUAUCCAGAAAUCCAAAGGUUCAACCUUCAAAAAUCAACCUGAAAUUAAAUGAGAAAAUGGGAAAAUAUGUAUAUAUUUUUGAUACCACGACCAUCUUUCAUAAAACGUUUUUUUUUUCAAGAAAAAAUUGUGAAAUUAUAUUUUUGAAACAGUGAAUUUUUUUUAAUUUUCCAACAAAAAAUUCACACAAAUUUUAUCUCCAAUUUUUCUGUGAAAAUAUGAAGGAAUUAUUGUGAUUUUCACCAGAAAAAUUAAUUUAUUCACUUGAAACAGUGAAAAAUUGAAUAAUUUUGAGAGAGUCGCCAAAAUAAUAACAUGUUUUAAUAAAAAAUUGACAAAUCCAAUUUUCGAAACAGUGAAGUUUUUAAAUUUACAAAAUAAUUUUCUCGUGAGUUUUGUCUCGAAUUUUUUACAACUGAUAGCUUUGGAGUUAGCAUAAGUCUUUUUUCAUAAAAUUUAUUGGGAAGUCUGCGGGAAAAAAUUAGAAAAUAGCAUAACAUGUAAUCAAUUUUUUAGACAGAAAAAUUUUGAUAUUGUAUUUUUGAAACAGUGAAAUUUUUUUACUUUUAUAAAAUUGUACAUUGUUUUUUAUCGAAUGCUCGAAAUAUUAACUGAAUUUUUAAUCGCCGAAAUGAUUAAGAAUUUUACUUGAAACAGUGAAAAAUUUCAAUGAAUUCUGAAGAAAAAAUCAAAUAUUUUGUUUCUGAAACAGUGAAUUUUUCAGGUGAUGCACGGUGGAGCUGCUUUCAAAGAUGGUCGGCUGAAAAUCAACGACAGAAUUGUUGGAAUUGAAGAUAUUGAGCUGGAAAGUUUGACAAACUCAGCAGCCAGUGAAUCAUUGACAAGAAAAUUGAAAUCAAUCAGACCAUCGAUGUCACAUGUCAAGUUGUCGAUUAUUCGCGAGCCUUCUAAAAAACCUGGCCCGAUUUCGAGAGAUUCAUCAAGAAUUACGGCAACUUCGCCGUCGAUUUCAUCAUCGAUGUUGUCGCCGAUCACAGUCUCAUCGGAGUCACAACAUUCGAGACAGAGUUCGAAAGAAGAUGAGACGAUUUUGGAGAAUCCGACCGAUGAUCCGUUUGAUCGAGAAGCGCCCGGAAGGAAGAGUUUGAGUGAGAAGGUGAGGGAUUUUUGGGGGAGAACCUGUUUUGAACUUUGCCAUUGAAAAAAUGUUUAACCGAGUUUUUAAUGUAAGAAAUUUUGAAACAGUGAGAUUUUUUCAAAAUAAAAAAUUUCACUGUUUCAAGGUUUUUAGGUAAAAAUUACUGUCCUUUUUAUAUUUGAUUUUAUUUUUGAACAGUUUGUCGGAAAUAUUUCAGAAUAAUUAUUUUCGUGUUGAAAUUUUGAAACAGCGAGUUUUCCGAAGGUUUUUGUGAGAAAUUUCUGAAUUUUUCUCCAUUUUUCAAAAUUAAAAAUUUCACUGUUUCAAGGUUUUUAUAUUAAAAAAUGGUGUGAAUUUCAUUGUUGAUAACGACCAUAUUGCCAAUAGAUUUUCAAGUAAAAAAUUAGUAAAUUUUGAAACAGCGAAGUUUCUGAUGAUUUUUAGUGGGAAAUUUCUGAAUUUUUUUCCACUUUUUAAACUGAAAAUUCAUUGUUUCAAGGUUUUUAUGUGGAAAAUGGUGUACAUUUCAUUGUUGAUAACGAAUAACUUCCCUCUCGAAUUUUUUAAAAAUCAAAAUAUAAUUUCUCAACUGAAAAAUUAGUAAAUUUUGAAGUAGUGAGGUUUUUCGAAGAUUUUUGUGAGAAUUUCCUGAAUUUUUCUCCAUUUUUCAAACUGAGAAAUUUCACUGUUUCAAGGUUUUUAUGUGAAAAAUGGUGUACAUUUCAUUGUUGAUAACGAAUAACUUCCCUCUCGGAUUUUUUUAAUAAUCAAAAUAUAAUUUUUCAACUCUAAAAUUAGUAAAUUUUGAAACAGUAGAUUUUUUUGUGUUAAAAAUCCAAACUUUACAGUUUUUUUUUCAAAAUGAAAAUUUCACUGUUUCAAGGUUUUUAUGUGAAAAAUUGUUGCUUUUUUGUUUUGGUGGAGUGAUUUUUUAUUCCAAAAUACAAUAUUUUCAAUUUUUCAGCGUGGAAUUGGUGCUGCAACUGGAGAUCCUCAACACAUCAAAUUAUUCCAGGAAAUCAAACAUCAACGACAGAAUUCUGGUAAUUUUUUUCAUUUAUUCUCAUUUUUGGGUGAUUUUUCAAGCUUUUCCCCCUUCUCCCCGCCAUUUUUUCACUUUUUUUUGUUCUUUUUCCUCUCCUUUUCUAUUUUUUCCGUUAUUUCUAGCCCCACCCGCUUCUACUUCUCGAUCAGCCGCCGCAAAACGAAGCAAAUCACAACCGCGCUCUUUCUCGCAACGGAAUUAUCAGCGGAAAGCGGAAGAAGCUGCGGAAAAUAUUCCGGAACCACCUUCCGCGUCGACUUUGCCCAGAGAGAAACCGAUUGAUGGUGGGUUGCUUUUUGCAUGGAGGAUUUGGGCUUUUGCAUGGUUUUUUGGGAGAUUUAGGCUCAUUUAAGCACUGUUUUUAGGGCCUUCUUUAGGCCUAAUUUUUGAGGUACGGGCUAAUUUUCAUAAGGUAUUCUUUAGGCUCAGUUUUAUCAGCUACAGUAAUCCGAACUGCAAAAUUCCUAUUUUUUUCUAAAAUUCACGGAUUUCACCCCAAAUCUCAUCAGCUACAGUAACCCGAACUGCAAAUUCUCUCCUGAAAUUGUUAUGAGCUACAGUAAUCCGAGCUGCAAAAUUCCCAGAAAAAAUUUUUCUUUCCAAUUUUUCUGAAAUUAACCCAGAUUUCAUCAGCUACAGUAACCCGAACUGCAAAUUUUUCCAAAAUUGUUAUGAGCUACAGUAAUCCGAACUGCAAAAUUCCUUAUUUUUCUGAAUUUUACUGAUUUCAAUUUAAAUCUCAUCAGCUACAGUAACUCGAACUGCAAAAAACUCAAUUUUCGCUAAUUUUUCCUGGCUCCAAAUUUGUUUAACAGCAAAAAAGUAUUCUUGGACAUUACAGUAACCCAAACUGCAAAAUUCCCGCAAAUUCACCAAAUUUUAUCAUUUUUUUUGCAGCCGAAAGAAGUGGAAUUCUGAAUCGUCGAUCAUUGAGUAUGGAAAGUAUCGUAAAUCCAUCAACAUCCUCUCCAGCAGCACCAACAUUUUCAUCAAUUCCAAAUUCGGAAUCUUCAUCUUCUUCAACACCUGGCGGACAUCCAUUUCCACCUGGAGCAUCGCCACUUUUGCGACGAAAAAAUAAUGAGGAAAAAUUGAGACAAUCGGAUAAAUCGAGACGGAAAAGUGUGGGAAAGUGAGUGUGUUUUUGGGGAGGGAUUUUUGAAGUAGUAAAAUAUUUUCCUCAAAAUUUUGACUAAUGUUCACUCUACCCAAUAAAAAUAAGAAAAAUACUUGAAAAUUUACCAGAAUUUUGAAACAGCAAAAUUUUUAUGAAAAAAAACCAUGUUAUUUAUCGAAAACUUGGUUUAGAAUUUUAUUUUGUUAAAUUUUGAAACAGUGAAAUUUUUCCCGUAAAAAUUUCACUUUUCCCUCGCAAAAAUUUCACUGUUUCUAGAUAUUUUUUUUAGUUUUGUUCCCUGCGUUGAGUUUUGUACCCAAUAAAAAUUAAGAAAAAACUCGAAAAUUUACCCUAAAUUUGAAACAGUAAAAUUUUUAAUGGGGCUAUUCAUGUUAUUUUUCAACGCUGAGAAAACGGGAGAAAAGCGGAGAAAACCUAUUCAGGUAGGCUGAGAAAAUACGAAAAAAGCGGAGAAAAUGUAUUUCCUCCGCAUUUCUCCUGUUUUCUCAACAUGCUGAGAAAAUACAUGAAUAGCCCCAUUAUGGAAAUAUUUUCUCUUCUAACAAAAAAAAGUAUCUCAUCAAUUUUUUGAAACAGCAAAAUUUUUCAGAAUUCUUAAUUGUUCAUCGGAUUGACAUUAAAUUUUUUAUUUUGAGAAGCUGAUUUUUUGAAACAGUAAAUUUUUGUCAAAAUUUUUUGUCUUCAAAAUUUCACUGUUUCAAAUAUUCUAUAUCUGAAAAAAUGCAAUUUUUAAAUGAUCAUUUUUUUUCUUCUUCUAGAAGUUGAAAAUAUUUCAAACCUAGAAUCCCCUAUCUAUAUUACUCAAAAUUCUCAAAAAAAAUCAUAAAUAAAUUCCAAAACAGUCAUUUUUUGCAGCGCAAUGCGAAACUUCUUCGGCUUCGGAAACAGCAAAUCACGCGAUGCUUCACCUGAAAAACAACCAGCUUCUUUCAAUGAAAUCAAAAUCAAACAGCCUGUUUUUAUGGACCAUGGAGAACCUUAUCAGGUGGGUAUUUUUUGAGUGUUGGAAUUAAAAGUUAGCCUAACUUUGUUAUCAAGAUAAUAAAAAAAAGUGGAGAAAAUCCAGACAAAAAUUGAUUUUUUGAAGUUCUGGCCUAUUGAAAAUUACUAAUUUUGGGUGAUUUCCUUAAUUUUGCUGAUUAUCUAACAAAUCGAUAAAUCAUCAGGUAUCGAAUCCUUCUCCUUCUUUAUCUCCACCCAUAAUUUUGGGAAAUUCUCGAUUUUAUUCGAGUUGUCGUGGUAUUGGUGUUGGUGUUGGUGCACAGAAUUAUCAUAAUAGGUUUUUUAUUUUAUCAUAUUCAUAUAUUUUCAUUCUACCUUUGUUUUCCCUUUGUUGUGACGUCAUUUGCAUGAUUUGAUUACUGUGGGAUUUUUGGCGCCCGAAAUUGGUGUACCGUAUCCAUUUUUACCCCGUGUCUUUCCGCUCCUUUUCACUCCCAAAAUCCCCAAUUUUUCCAGCAGCCCGGCUCAUCAAACUUCGAAUACGGCAGCGAAUUCGCCGCGUCGUCCCCAUCCGCUUCCGCUUCCGCAGACGCGCAAUUCUACAGCCGAUACGCGCAACAUCGAUAUCCGCCAGACGCCGAAAAUGCAUUCUAUUGGCGACCAAAUGGAGUCAUCGGCUCGCCGAGCAGCCAGAAUCGACAAAACUCGACCUAUGUCAACUAUGGAUUACCAACGUGAGUGGUUUUUUGAGAGGGAAAUGGGGAAAAAUGAUGGAAAUUGGGCUAAAUGACCUGAAAUUCAUUGAAAAUUGGUGAAAAUUUGAAAAAAAAUAGUUAAAAAUUCAGUAAAAAUAGGAUCAAGAGUGCCAAAAAUCUGUUAAAAUUAGUUAAAAUCAUGAAAAUUGAGCAAAAAUGAUGAAAAUUAGCUAAAGUGACAUGAAAAUUCAUAAAAAUUUCACGGAAGUUAUCCAGAUCUCCAAAAUAUUGCACUGAAAUUUAUAAAUUUAUACUCACAAAAUUUCACUGUUUCAAAAAUUUGUUGAUAUAUUUCGAAGAUUUACGAUUUUUGAUGUUCCCAUUGUUCCCAUUACCUCGAAAAAAAAUUGAAUUAUUUUUGAGAAAAUUUUAUUGUUUCGAAAAUUUAUUAAUAGUUUUGAAGGGGUUUUUGAGUUUUGAUAGGAUGCUUAUGUGUAUAUUCAAAAAAUAAUUGAAAAUUUUACUGUUUCAAAAUUUGUUGAUAUAUUUUGAAGAUUUCUGAUAAUUUUAUUCGUUCUAGCAAUUCUAUCUGUUAAAAAAAUAUGAAUCUUACAAGACCCGGAACUAAUUUUAAGCUGAAAAUCGCAAAUUUUGUUUUUAAAAAAAUUGACUGUUUCAAGAUUUGUUGAUAUUUUCUUGGCCAGAUGUUGUUCAAAAAUUGAUCACCAGUGUGCUAUUCAAAAAAAAUUAAAAUUUCACUGUUUCAAAAUUUAUUGAUAUUUUUUUGGAAAUUUUCUGAUUUUAAUGUGUGGUUUUAUUACAAUAAAAAAUUAAUUUUUUUUUUGAGAAAAAUAUUUCACUGUUUCAAAAUUUGUACAUAUUUUUGAAGAGUUUUUAAGGUUUUGAUAUAUAUCAGAAAAACAGUAGAAUUAUUUUUGAAAAAUAUUUUUCACUGUUUCAAAAUUUGAAUAAGAAGAUCGAUAAGAAAUUUAAUUGUUUUCGUCUUUUUUCUUCAAUGAAAUUAUUUUUUUGAAAAAAAUAAUUAGUGGAAAAAUGAGAGUUUAUGAAAAAUCUACUGUUUCAAAAAUUUGUUAAUUAAAAUUGAAAGAAAUAGUAGUUAUUCACAAUUGAUACAAUCAUCAAUAUAACCAUUUUUAGAGAAAAUCAGAAAUUCAAUGAAAAAUCCCAAAAUUUCCAGAUCUAAUUCGUACCAUGUCAUGCCGCCAACCGGCUCCGCAGGUGAUUUCAACCAAGGCGGAAGCUAUUCCGCGGCCUCAUUGCGUCGAGCCUACGCGGAACCAUAUUUCGAAGACGACUAUCAACAAAUCCACAUCGAGGGACCACCACAACCAAGAAACUACCCACAAAAAUCAGCCGCCACAAAUUAUCACAACGCCUUCAACACGUGGUUCGCCUAUACGGGAGGCGGAGCGGUCGGCGCCGCGCCAAUGUUAUUCAACGGAAAUGCGCGUGGAUCGCCAGUACGCAUCGCUGCCGCAUCGACAAUACGCGAUGCCGCCUAUGCGGAAAGAGCUUCCGCUUCCGCUGCGGCCGGAAGAGGAUCGAGAAAUUGUGAUGCGCCGGAAAAGUAUGCGGAUGUUACAAGAGGUUUGUGUUUUUUUCAAAUUUGAGAGCCCUUAGGUUUAUUAGAGUCCUUAAAGCUCUAAAUUCUGAGUUUUAGCAAGAAUUUGAACUUUGAGACCAAAUUUGAGCGCUUAGGUCUAAAUUCAAGACCUUAAACACAAACAUUUUUGAUGACGUGGCAAAAUCCUGAAAUUUUUUAAAGUUAAGAAACAUGAAAAAUCAAUAAUUUUAUGCCUAGCUUGAAUUCCAGCAAAAAAAUCAAUAAUUAUGGUGUUUUUUCUAGUUUCAACCUACUAAAUUUUGAAAAUAUUUCAUGAUCACAUUUUUUUGCAGCUAAACCCACCGCCGCCAUAUCCGCAUCCCAGGCCCAAAAUCACGGUGGAUCGUCCCGUUUCUUUAUACCACGACACGGUGGCGGUAUCUCAGCGGCAACAUUUUCCGCGGCCUCUUCCGCUUCCGGAAGACAUGCGUCCGGAUCACCGCAACAGUUUCGACGACGCGGCUCGGCGAGCGGCGAACAACACAGACGCCAGUCGCCUCAGAAAUCAGCAGCAGCAACGUCGCCAGCUUAUCGUUUUCCCCAGUACUAGGUUGGUUUUUUUUGGGAAAUUUGGGAUAAAAAUCGAUAAUUUUUGAAGAUGUGGCAAAAUUUAGAGCUAAAAAUUGUUGAAAAUCGAAAAAUCAAUAAAUUUGAAAAAUUAGAAUUUUUGACAUAAAAAUUAAGGAAAAUCGAUAAUUUUAAGCCUAGAUUGAUUUUCAGGCAGAAAAAAUCAAUAAAUUUGAAAAUUAGAAUUUUUAUGACGUGGCAAAAUCCUGGGACUUUUUUGACAUAAAAAUUCGGAAAAAUCGAUAAUGUUAAGCCUAUCAAACAGAAAAAUUUAAAAAUUCCAAAUUUUUGAUGACGUGGCACACUCCUAACCCACUUUUUAGCUCCAAAAAUAAAAAAAAAUUACAGAUUUCCAAUAGCUUCAUCUUCACUUCGUGUAAAACCAGCAGCUCCAGCUCCACCAAAAUUGGCACCAACUUCAAUUUCAAAUUCAAAUUUUUAUGUUGCCCCAAAUAGGUUUGUACCUUUUUCCCUAAUUUUUCAAGAAAAUCAAUAAUUUAUCGAUUUUUUCCAGGAUUUUGCCACCAUCAACUUCUUCAAUCAUGUCGACUAAUUGA